CCCCUCUCGCUGCGCAGCUUCAGCUUUUCACAGCAUUUUGCAUGAAAGUGGCAAUCUGUGAGGAUUACCCAGCUUGAGGGCUAGAAAGGAUACUGUAGCUUGGGUGCUAGUUUUGACUCAAGGCAGAGCUGAAGACAUGGGUUCCGUCUCCAACCAGGAGUUCCCAGGAGUUUGUAAGACCGAGGAGGAUGAGGGACCGAGCACCGAGGAGGAUUCGCAGCCUUUCCGCGGGGACGGCGUGUGUAAGUGGUUCAACGUCCGCAUGGGCUUCGGGUUCCUGUCCAUGACCAACCGAGAAGGAGUGCCACUGGACGAACCGGUCGACGUAUUCGUCCAUCAGAGCAAGUUGCACAUGGAAGGCUUUCGCAGCCUGAAGGAGGGCGAAGCGGUUGAGUUUACCUUCAAGAAGUCGUCCAAAGGCCUGGAGUCACAGCGAGUUACGGGACCAGGCGGCAUCCACUGUGUGGGCAGCGAGCGCAGACCCAAAGGCAAGAAGGUCCAGAAGCGGCGUUCAAAGGGAGACAGAUGCUACAACUGCGGAGGCCUGGACCACCAUGCGAAAGAGUGCAAGUUACCACCCCAGCCCAAGAAGUGCCACUUCUGCCAAAGCAUCGACCACAUGGUUGCCAGCUGCCCAAUCAAAGCACAACAGUCCUCACCGGGUUCUCAGGGAAAAUCUUCCUCCUUGAAAGGAGACGAGGAGGAGCACAGCCACUUGGCACCACCUCCUGAGACCUCCGAUUAAAGAAGGGAUCCGACGCCUGGGAAGCACAGAGGCCAAUCAAACUGCUUUGAUGGAGAGGAGGGACACGCGACCCCCUUCCAGCUGUUGAAGCUGCUUUUGGAACUACCUCAGGUUAAAAAAAAUACUCAAAGAAUGUUGAUGAAGUUUUUGUUUUCAUUUGGUGUAACACUCAGGAAUACUGCUGUAUUAUUGCACUCAGGACACUUGCUAAAUGUAUGAAUCACUGCUGUUGUUUGAGGGAUUUGAGAUUGUAGCGAGCAAUGCCAUUAAUGUUUGAGUUUAGAUGUUUUUUGAUGUGACACUGUGCCCCUCCUGUGGGCAUCAUACCUCUUCUGUUUUUUUUUCAGUAAUACCGUUUCGUGUAGAGCUACACUUUUGCUGCCUUACAAUUUAGUCUCCUUCCUGACUGUUACACCUCAUUAUCCGACACGCCAGAGAUGUAACAGUUAGUACCUCUGUCAUGAAUGUUACCUGCAUAUUGCAUGGGGCCUGGGAGGGUUCGUGGAAAAAAAAAAAAACAUGGGACGGGUUUAAGGGUGUAGCUAUAGGCAAUGUUUUGGCAUCUGCCAAUAUUGCAGUUGACCAUCCAGUUUUCCUGGGGCCAAAUGAAUGUCAGACCACGGGUGGUUUCCAGUUUUUUGGUCUUUUUUUUUUUCUUUCUUGUCAUUUCGUUUAAUCCAUCCAGCGUUUCGCUGGCUGUAUAAAAGUGCAUGGUCUACCUCAUUGGUGCAUGUUUGGUCUACUACUAAAACAGGCAUGCUCCUGGUAAACCAAAUAUUCUCAGAGUACAGCUUUGGUGAUUAUGAUUUGAACUGGGAUUAAAUCAAAUCUAUUUUGCACUACAGCCAGAAGCUCUAACAUGCCUCCUUAAAAAGUAACUUUACAUCCCGCCUUAAAAAGCGUGUUUUUACUUACCUCCGGUGGUUCAACUUCUCACAAUAACUCAAUGAUUUACUUCAAGACAGCUGUCCGUGUGGUGCUAAAAAGCAAAAAUCUUCAGCGGAGAGAAGGCUCCAUGGCCAUGAGACUGAAAACAAACUUGUGGCCGUAGUGUUAGAAAAGAGCGAGCUUGACAGAUUUUUCGGGUAAAACACUCGAGACGAACCUUGUCGCCCGACACACCAGGCCAGCGACUUCAUUAAGCGUGUCUGAGAUGUGGGGAGGCUCUGUCGGACCAAACAGUUUCCGUUGUCUGGCAUUUUCUUACACCUCACACAACACACCAAGAUAUGGUAAAGUGUGGUCUGUUGUGUGGGGCUACAUGAACUAUAACGUCACAGGUACUCGGGGUGUGGAAUAAUGUGUUUUUUUUUAACCACGGGCUGUCGGGGCAAUCAAGACACUCUUUUAAGUCUCGCCUAGAAGGGACAGAAAAAACCCUCUUUUUCAGCUGGAUGUUAAGUUACUCUGCAAUUUUCAGGAAGCGCAAAGCAUUAUGAAGUUUCCAUCUAUUAUAUUCUCAGUUUACUGCUGCUUUAAGACUGCUGCUUUAUAAUUACCUCAACUUAGAUUUGAUAGAGUUCCAGCCAAGUGGGAUAGUAAUUCCAGUACACGUACAACACCGCUUCUAAUAAGAUACUUGACUGAGUUACUAAGGGGUCUGGUUAGCUCUCCUCUUGAUACUUGAAUAAACCGAGGCAGAAUCAGACAUGAUGUUGCCAGUGGGAAGGCUGGUAUUUUUGUUUAUGUCCAGUGCGAUCCACUUCUAGGUAGUUAUUUAAGACAUUACCUCCCUAUAUCCCUUAGUAGGGUAAUAGUUCAGGAACACCAUGCCUGCAUGGAGGAGCAUCUAGGACUAGCUAGCUAAUCAGCAUUUUACUCCCGUUUUACAGGAGAAGCUGACUGAGUCUUUUACAUCCAAUUAAUAUAUAUGUAAAAUUAUUCUAAAGCCUUUUUAAAAAAUAUCAUACUACUUAUUUAUUUUGAUCCAAGAGUGCUGCAGCUUCUCCUUCCGCUCCUGUUGAAGCCUCUCAGCAAUGAAUGUUCUGGUAGACAUCCGAAAACUGCAGAAUGUCAUUCAAAGCUACAUAUUACUUGAGAAUAUAUGAGGUUGGCACAUUUUUAACAUCACGACACGUGUAAUACUUUGUACAUACAGUAUGUGCUUGAUAAAUCGCUGUCACUGUCUUUGAAAAUAUGAUAACAAUGUAACGGUAAUAUAACACAUUGCAACAUAAUAUACAGGACAUACUGUUCAGGCACACAGUAUAAUGAGGAAUGACGAAAACUGUUUUUAAUUUUUGUUUUCUUUGCCUUUUAUGUUUUUUUGUUGUUUUUUCAUUUUGGUUCACGUUGAGCCUUUCAAAAGAGAAGUCCAUUUUUAUACUUUUUUCUAUGCCAAUGCAAUGUUACUCUGCACUAAUCAUGUGUAAGAUGCAUUAUUAUUUUUUUUAAUAUUCAGUUUAAUCGCCUUUGAAUAUGUGUUUCAUAUUUUAGAUUAUGUUUUUUACGUUUCCAUGAACCUCAUACAGUAAGUUGUUGGCUGGAAAAAACUAAAAAAAACAAAUACCUCCACUCUUAGGCUCAUCUCAGGAAUGACCAAUCUGAGAACUCAGGGAAUAUUUCAGAUUGAUUGGAAGGAGUCGAGGAGUGGUUGUACCAGACAAAGCAGGGAUUAGAAGCUCAUCCACAAGAUGGGAAGCAUGCAACAACGAAGCCAAAGUCAAAUGGGUUUAAGAUUUUGGUUUUAUAAAAAGAAAAAGAAAAAAAGAAAGCAAUGAUCCGAAAGAGCUCGACAAGCUUAUUUCCAUGCACCCAAUGUGAUCUUUGUGGUUUGUUCUCUUUGACCUAACUUGCUAUGAUAUGAUAUGAAGAAAAUGUUCCACUAUUAUUGUAUUUUUUUUCCUCUAUAAUCGUUGUAGAUGGGGAUAUAGUAGAAUAUUGUAAAGGGACUGGGGCUAGUAGUAUAUAAUCUGGGGUUGUCUCAUCUCAACACAUCGAUACUAGGUGUUUCAGACUAUCAAUGCUUAAGACAAAAAGAAUGUGUCACAGAUGACUUAACACUCAAAUAUUACCUCAUAAUCAGUUUUGGUAGCGUUCAUGUCUGUUCAAAGUUUAAAGGUGGUUUAGAUAAUUUCAGGGCAUAAAAUUGGUAUGGUAAGUGCUGUGAUCAGGUGAAACUGUUUAUUUUUUACUGCACAUUUUAAUUUGAAAAUUACCACUUAUGUUGCAGUGCCAGUAUGACUUGAAUGUGAUUCCUUUCUCUUCAGUAAAAAAGGAACAGAAAUUAUUACUUUUGUUCUUCAAUUUCUGUGAAACCACUGAAUACCUCAUCUGUCAAACUAACUGGUUUGCAGAAAUUUGGACACCCAGCUUUUUCAUUCAAAGGGUGAUUUGAAGUGUUUAUACAUUUUUUUUAAUAUUCUUACAUACAUAAUCUCCUGUUUUCACUUGGAAACAAUGGAAGUUCAUGCCACAGAUUCUGAUUGUAACAAGCCUGUUUGACCCCUCAAUCGUGUGUUACUGUGAUUUUAUUGUCGGGUGUUAGAUGGGUUAGGUAUUUCCUUAAAAAUCCAAGGACCUGUAUGAAUGUAUGCUCAGGGUAACAUUUACCGUGCAUCAAGGCAUUCUGUAUUACAGAUUUGUCACAUUUGCUUUUCAAGGAACAUCUUAUUUGCCAUUUGAUGCGUAGUGUUGUAUUAUAUCAGGUAAAUGGCUCAAGCGACUAUGGGGUAAAAAAAAGAUCCGCAUUUAUUACUCAUGAAUGUAUCAAUGUCUACUGCCAUAAAACUACAAUUAUCUUGAUCUCAGGUGAUUUAAUGGCUAGUUUGUCAACAAUGAGCAGCAUGUAGGAUUUCCAAAGUAUUACUGUGAUUAUGUUUCUAUAUGUAAAGAUGUGCUCCAUUUCCUAAUAAAUAUGUUAAUAAUCA